AGUCCACUUGAACACAGCAAACAGAAACUUGCUGUUUUUUUUUAUCAACACAAAGACAAAGAGGAAGUCAAAUAUGUUUCGGUGUGCCUUCCGUAGAAACCAAAAAUAAAAAGGAUUCGUGGGCCCCAGGGAGUCCAAGAAAAAUUACACUACAGACAUUUCAAACUAUAGAAAGGGAAGUGGUCUCAAUAUCUGUUGCAUAGAGAAUACUCCAUUUACUGUAUGCAUUAACAUUAGCUAUUGCAUAUGGGCACAUAAUUGUGGAGCAUAACUGACUGUUUCCCUAGUAGACAACCAGUGAAGAGAGACGAUUUAAUGAUGCAGUGUGACCUUUCCUGAUGAACAAAAUGGAGUCGUCUGAAGACAGUGCUCAGUUCGUGGACAAGUACAUGCCCCAGCUCAUUCAGAGGGUCACCAUGGUGAUGCCUAUAGCUGAUGAGCUGCUAGCUGAAGACAUGAUCCAUGAAGAGAUGUACUCCAACAUCAGUGCUGCCAGGACUAAUCAGAGCAAAAUGAGGGAGCUCUUUAAAGCCCUUCACUCUGGAGGAAACAAAGUGAAAUCUGCCUUUCUCUCCACACUGAGGGAGAAUGAACCUAAUUUGGUCCAGGACUUAGAAUGCAGUGUCAAACAAAGAGGUGAACCAGAGAACAAAAGCACAGCAACCCUAAAGUACAAGGAAUUCAUCAGAGGUGAAUAUGCCACAGUGCAGGAGUACAACUCUCUCCCUGGAGAACAUGUGAAGCUAGAUGAUCGCUACACUGAGCCCCUAAUCAUCCAGAAACACCGUCAGCAGAGAGAGAGAGAGGAGGAGAUCCGCUCCAGAGGACAGAACUUUUAUCAAGUCAUGGACCAGAGGGACAGCGAGACCUACAAGAGUACCAAAGUGGAGAUGCUGUUUGAUCCAGACGAGCACGGAGACAUUCAGAGAACAGUGAUACUGCAGGGCCACUCUGGAACUGGCAAGUCAUUUACCAGUCAGAAGAUCAUGUCUGACUGGGCGUUUGGAAGACUUUACGAAGACCGAUUUGACUUUGUUUUUCACCUGAGGUGCAAAGAACUGAACCAGGCCACUGGGAGAAAAAGUCUGAUGGAUCUGCUUAACUACGAUCAGAGUUCAUCAUCAAUGAUCAAGCAGGUCCUUCACCAGUCUCCUGAGAGGGUUCUCUUCCUGGUAGACGGCUUUGAUGAGCUCAAAUUCUCACUUGAUGUACCUAAAGACUCCCUUCCCAGGGACCCGUGGACACAAUGCUCCCCCGAAGUGACACUGAGUGGCCUGAUACGGAAACAGAUAUUGCACGAGUCCUUCCUGCUUGUUACCACCAGAUCCACAGCGUUGGACAAACUAAAAGAAGUGGUCAAACAUCCAGUGAGAUACGCUGAGAUAUUGGGCUUUUCUAAAGAGGGGGUGGAGGAAUACUUCAAUAGAUUCUUCAAGAAGAAGCAACACUCACAGCAAGCCUAUGACGCUGUGAGAAAAAAUGAAACCCUUUUCACUGCAUGUUUCAUUCCAGUCAUCUGCUGGAUCAUUUGCACAGUUUAUAGGGAGCAGUUUGAUGAAGGCACAGAGAUGAUACAAUCGCUGGAGACCACCACCUCCAUCUUUGUUGAAUUUGUUGCCACGCUGUUGAAGCACCACUGUCAGGAUUUGGGUCAGUCAGCUCUUACUAUCCUCCAAGGACUAGGCAAGCUGGCAGAACAGGGAAUGGAAGAGCAGCAAGUCUUAUUUGACCGUGAUAGUGUGUCACAGACAGUGUCAGAUCCUUCCAAAGUCCCCUUCUUGUGUAAGUUUCUCCAAAAGAAAAGAGUAAGUCAGACCACUAUGUACAGCUUCAUGCACCUCAGCUUCCAGGAGUUUUUCACAGCCCUCUCAUACAUGCUACUGGGUGAUGAGGAAGCUCAGGAGAAAGUUAGAGAGCUACUUUCCAAGGUUCGACGUGGAAAAGAAAACAGUCACCUGCUACCCAUAGUUCAAUUUCUCUUCGGCAUCGCAAACAAGGAAGUUGGAAAACGGCUCGAGGAUAAAAAAUACAUCUCUUGUUCUCAAGGAAUUUGGACCCAGCUGAAACAUUUUAUUCUGGAAGUCAUUGAAAAAGAAAAGGAGAAUCGAAACACCAUUGAUUAUCACAUUUCAUCAAUGUGGCUUUUUGUGUUUCACUGUCUAUAUGAACUACAUGUAGAUGAUUUUGUAAAGAAAGCCAUGAAUACAUACACAGAAUUUAAUCUGACUCACAUUCCCCUGACAAAAACAGACUGUUGGGUGCUGAAAUACUGCUUUCAGCAUUGCACGUGCAUCCAAAGACUCAUUCUCAACUGGUGCAAGUUAUCUGCAGAGAAGAUACAAAUCCUUCUGCCAGCAUUGGAAAAAUGUCAACAUCUCGAGUUGCAGGUGGACGACCUAGCCGAUGAUGAUUUAGAUGGUCUGUUGGCAGCGCUGGGAGAAGGAAAGAGUUUGGAGCUGGAGUCUGACAGAGAACAACUUCUCGGAUGAGAAAGUACAGGACUUGCUUGUUGCUCUCACUAAACACAAACCCAGAAACAUUGACAUUGGAGUGAAGUCCAUCACCAGCAAUACAGCUGACAAAUUCAUGUUCCUCAUCAAUAAGGCACAUGGAGUCUUGGAAAGCAUAGAGCUUCAUUGUUAUGAGAAUGUUACAUUGGAAGCCAAUCUACAGAAAAAUGGAGUCAGUGGGACUCUCCAAACCUCUCUUUGGUUAAAAGUGUCUGACAUGAAAAUGAUCUGUGACUGUAUCAGGGCAUCUGGCUACAGUUUGAGUGAAAUAGACUUGUCUGUGAGCUAUGUGGCUGACCUAUCAGACACUGACGUGGAUGACCUGAGUGCAAUCAUCCACCCUGUAGACAAGUUAAGGCUCAGGUUUCAACACAAAGAUUUAUAUGGACUGGACGCAAUGAGUGAAGGUUUACACUCCCAGAUAUCACUCAGAGGGAUUGAAAUAACCCUCUGUGGCGAUCCCGUAUUCGACUGGAGAAAAUUAUUUCAGCUAGUUCACACUCUGGAGCAACAUCCAGAUUGGGAUGAGCAUGUUGAAGCACUGAUCUCGCUGCUACACUCUCAAACCUCUCUGGAGGACAUCGGUCUGUUUGUGAGCCGCUUGACAGAGAGGUGUGCUACCAGUGUAAUCAGUCUCAGCCAGGCCUGCCCAAACCUGCGGAUGAUAUCUCUUCAUGUAGUUGAACACAGUUUGUUAUUGGAGGAGGUAUUACAACGCUUACGUGCAUCAAAGAGGCGCCCAGAUUGCCGGGUACUUGUCGCCGGGUGGAGAUGCAGGAAACCUGCUGACCAGUGCACAGGCCGGAAGGACUGGAGUCUCUGUUGUGAUGACUCUGUUAGGCUCAAUCUACAUGGAGAAACAUUCACAGAGAGUGUGAUAAGGCAUGGGAAGAAAAGUGACAGGCCUAGUUAUCACCCUAAGAGUAAUAGAUGGUGUGUUGUUGCCUAGUGACCACAAUGAAGACAACAGAGAUGGUGUGUUGUUGCCUAGUGACCACGAUGAAGACAACAGAGAGGGUGUGUUGUUGCCUAGUGACCACGAUGAAGACAACAGAGAGGAUGUGUUGUUGCCUAGUGACCACGAUGAAGACAACAGAGAGGGUGUGUUGUUGCAUAGUGACAAGACUUUAGCAUAUAGACUGCUACACCGCCCAAGGUGAAUCAAUCCCCCAUCAUCUCCUCCUCUAGCUCUCUGUCUCCCUUCCCUCUCUCUCUGUCACCCUUCCCUCUCUCUCUGUCACACCCUUACACACGUUUGAAUCUGACCUGUGCCAAUCAUGGUCCAUAGGGUUCUGUUAAAAAAAUAAUAGGGUGACAUUUGGGACCCGUGUCUGUACUGGUUAGUAUUUCAUAUAUUUCAUCUUACUCUGUCUCUAAAAAUGAAAUAAGGAGGUUUUAUCCUUGUUCUUAUGAAAGCUGUGUCUUUUUAUUUUUUGUAAUACUGUGGAAAAAUAAUGACAUACAAUUUGAAAAAAUAUUGAAUAAAAAUAAAAAUGAAAACACAUUUCAGUAAUAUAUUUGUGUUUUUUUCUUAAAGAAGAACCGUUAUACAGGAGGAGCAUUACUGAAUGAGAAGCCCAUAGUGACAAUAAUACAGGAAACAGUCCUAUUGGAACAAUGACAGAAUAGAAAAUAACAGGAUUGAGAAUUAAUUAUAUGAAGGAAAUACACUCACUCAGACAUGCACAUGCUCAGCCACACCCACUACAGGUGGGAGGAGCUAUCGAGGAAAACAGACUCAUUCUAAUGUCUGGAAUGGAAUUAAUGGAACGGAGUCAAACAUGGUCUCCGUAAAAUUGAUUUGUUUGAUACCAUUACAUUAAUUCUAUUCCAGACAUUACAAUGAGCCUGUCCUCCUAUACCUCCUCCCACCCACCUCCACUGGUGUACACACAUACAGUGCCCCAGGUCCCAUAGUACUAUAGUCAAGCACUACUUUUGACUAGGGCUCUGGUCAACACUAUAUUGGGAAUACAGAUGUAGUUUGUAAUUUGAUCACUCUUUUAUUGCUGGGAAUUUUCCUGCACAGCAGAAAAUGCAAACUUGUAGUGUAUUUGAGGUUAAAAAGACUACUAAAGUUUGUAAUUUCCACUUUAAAAUGUCUGACUUGAUUUGCCCCAAUGAAAACAUUAUCAACCCCUACAACAAAAAUGUCCAUUAAUUAUAAUUCACAUUUCCUGUUGCUGCAGGAUUAUUUUCCUGCUCUAGCAAACUGGCUCAAAUUAAGAACCUACAUCUAUAGGGUUCCAUUUGUGUCAAUCAUGGACGUAUUUGGAGCCCUCUGUUAACUCAACAGCGGCAUGAAGAAUGAUUGGACUCAGUCGGCUCAUUCUUCAUGUCCUAUGGCCACAUGAUGGCUCCAUGAUUACAUCCCAAAUGGCAUCCUAUUCCUUAUAUAGGGCAACGGUUUUGACCAGGGCCCAUAGGAUUCUAGACAGAAUUAUUGCACUUGGUAAGGAAUAGGGUACAAUUUAGGACAUAACCAGUCACUCUCUCUCUCUGUCUCUCCAUCUUUCACUUUCCCCAUGUUUUCACAGCCCAACGUCCCCUUUCUAUACACACACACACUGAUCAAAACACCAGGGUCAGAGGUCACGCAUACACACAGUUGUACUGUAAACACAAAUGGCUGCUG